AUGAAGAGCCUCAAGGCAAAGUUUAAGAAGAAUGAGGUAAGAGGCAAGAGUUGGAGACUCUCUUACAAAAUCAUCCACAUAAUGCACUGAUAUCUACAUACACUGAGUCAGGUUACAUUUAGACUUCGGAGGUAUAUUUAGGUGCAGUAAAACGUAUUAUUCAAACUUUUUUUGACCUGAUAUUGACUGCUAUCGGUGGUGCUAGGCUGUUCUUUGUCUGCUGGCUAUCUGUGUGUGGGUCCCAGGGCUGACAGGCAGUAUGUGUGUGGGGGGCACUGUGCUGGGUGUCAGUAUCACUGAGCAGCAGGGGAGCAGGCCAGUCUGCAGAAUGAUGCUGGAACCAGAGCUCUCAGGUAGCCUUCAAUUAUUCAGCCCACACACACACACACACACACACAUUCAAAUAAUCCUUCAUUUCCUGCUAUCGUCCCCAUCCCAUUAUGCAGGUGGUUGUAAUGUCAGGGUGAAAAUAAAGUAAUCAAUCCCAAGACAAGAACCAGUCUGUACUAAUUUUGUAUUGCCUAAUGUCUUAAAUGUCUAAGCAACUGGAGCCUUGUGUUUGGUAGCUAGUAGCUGGUAGCUAUAGCGGUGUGUGGCUAUGCUAUACAGUACUGCAGUUAGCUCUAAGCUCUGAGUAGAAAUUCAACUCCUGUGUGCCUUGGCCUGUUUUAGUGCGAGAUCCCCCGAGCCUGAGUGAUAUGGUUGCUCUGCUGGGGUGAAGCUGAGAGAGAACAGAGUAAGUUAUUAAUCAGUCGAUGACUAACCCUCUCACUGGGAGGGAUGCUCAGAUUUUCAUUCAGAGAGCGAGAGCGAGAUACGGAGGGAGAGAGAGGGGGAAUCACACUUUAUUAACUAGAUUGAGCACCAGUCAGGUAGCUUAUCAUCCAUCUUAAUUUGUCUCACGACGUUGGUCACACACAGACCACACAUAAGCACACUAUAGGGAAUAGAUCCAGCCUACUUAACUGGUUAUUACUGUUGGUAUACCCUGCCCUCUUUUCUAUAGAGUUAAUCAUUUGAUAGAACAAUGCAUAAUGCAAACAAAAAAGGAUAUAGUUACUUUAUGACCUCAUCUCAGUUUAAUAAAAUAAUAGAUUAUAUUAUUUCACUUAUUGUGACAGUUACUUCUAAUGCUGUAAGUGGCUGUGUCCAGGUCAGAUGAGAGUUAAUUCAAUAUGUUAUUAUUCUAUAGUAUAUACAGGGCGGAAGGUAGCCUAGCGAUUAGAGCAUUGGGCCAGUAACCGAAAGGUUGCUGGAUUGAAUUCCUGAGCCGACAAGGUGAAAAAUCUGUCAAUGUGCCCUUGAGCAAGGCACUUAACCUUUAUUUGCUACAGGGAUGACGUACUUUAACACAUUUCACUGCAUCUAUCCGGUGUGUGUGACAAUAAAACAUUUUAUUUGAAAAAAAUUAUCAGCGUGUCCCCUCUGCCCUACCCAGGCACAACCAGCCCUGUACCAGCCAGCUCUUUUCUCCUGUUUCUGCUGAGCCUUCAUCUUCUCCUGAAGCACAGAGGCCCAGAGAAAGAGUGUGGCUGGGCUGCCAAGCCCAAGUAGGACAGCACAGGGAGGGAGAGAGCUGACUGAAACAAAUGGACAGACUGUGAGAGGAGCGAGAGGAGGUAGAGAAGACAGUACUAGACUAGGCUGGUGUGCUAAAUAAGAAAGGCCCCAAAAGAGGGAGGUGGUGUGUGUGUGUGUGUGUGUGUGAGAGAGAGAGAGAGACAGAGAGAGAGAGUUUGUGUGCCAUGUUGAGACUGCAGACUGAGUACGUAGGUCCCUGAGAGCAGCAGCACAGGAAGAGGGGAAGGUGUUUUGGCUGAGAGAGCAGAGCACUGCGUAUGGAGAGCGAUGUUAUCGUGAGACUCAGAGGGCUAGAGCAGUGUGUGUGUGUGUUUGUGCAAGGAUGUAUAGCCUAAUGUUUAUCUUUAGUAGGUGCAUCAUCAUGGUUCUGUUUUGAUACACGCAUGGGGUUGUCGAUUGUUUUCAGUGAGGUUUAUGCUAUGCAUUUAUGCUUUGUCAUUUAGUCAGUGCUAAGUUAGUGCUAAACUCUGAUGCUGUAUUUAAGGCCUAUUGGCGGUUGAGUAGUGUAUAUGUUUAUGUGUGUCAGAAUUCUGGUCAGGCAGUGCACAGUUCUAUGGGUCUAUGGAUCCCUCCUAGCUCUAUCGAUCGUCAGCUCUGAACCUGAUGAAGCGUUAUUUCUGUCCUUGUUUCAGCUUACUGGUGGUAGGUACCCUCUCUUUUACAUAUGUUUGACCUCAGCUGUCUUUUCAUUGUACUUUCUCUCAAAGGGUUACUUUUUCUGGCAAAAACAGUUAAAAAGAAAUGUUGUGUACUGUGUGUAAUGUACCAUAGAAGCAAUCAAUCAGCUUGUGCCGUAUGUCCAUCAUCAUUUCACUUCGACGAGGCAUACAGUAUUAGAUUUGGUAGUCUCAUCUAGACGUAUAGUCAUCACUCAGAUCUUUGUAUAGUAUGUAAUCAGAUAGGAGUCCGCGUCUACUCUGUACUGGAUGUACUGUCAUUUGGUUAGCUCUGAUCAUGAGUUCCAGGUUGCGACUGAGUUGUAACCCGUCAGUGCCUGUCCCCUUAGAGCCAGGACUGGAGUAAGAGCGAUGAGAGACUACUGCAGGCUGUGGAGCAGAAUGAGCCAGACAAGGUAGCCGCCCUGAUCGUGAAGAAGGGACUUUGUCCCACCAAACUGGACGCGGAGGGAAAGUCAGCGUAAGUACCAGCAUUUAGGGCCAGUUUCCCGGAAACAGAUUAAGCCUAGUCUUAGACUAAGAACCACUUUCAAUGGAGAAUCGUUAUUGAACUUGCUUGUUAGUCUAGGACUAGGUUUAAAUGCGCCACGAAACGGCCCUUACUGUCCAAGCUGUGUCACUGUGGGGGUAAAUAGUUGAAAUUCUCCUCUCUACUUUCUUUGUUGCAUUACUACUAGUGUCGAUGAUCUUGUUGAUGAUCUUCUUGUUGAUUAUCUUCAUCACCAUAAGGACAUGAUCUCUUCCUGGUAGGUUCCAUCUCUGUGCGUCUCGGGGUCGUCUGGACUGCUUGGAGGUCAUCCUGGCUCACGGGCCAGACAUUAACAUGACAGAUGGCACAGGUGAGAUGACAGUCUCAUUACCUGAACAUGUUGUUUACGCGUUCAGUGUCACGGACCGCCAAGGUAACGCCUUGUGGCUAUAACUGGUCAAAACAAUUACAACAUGCUCUCUUGCUACCCUCAUUCUUUCCUUCUCUCUCUUGGUGAUUGAAAUGGCCUUAUCAACCCCAAGGCUUCAGUGCCCUUCACCUAGCAGCCAAGAACUGCCAGCCUGAGUGCCUGAAGAGACUAUUACAGGUACAAUAGACAGUCAGACACAGUUAAUAUUACUACGAUACAUGGAAAAUAAGGUAUGCAGUUAUCAUGCAUUUUUGGUGAAUACGUCUCAUACUCCCACAGGAGAGAUUGCCUGUAGACUCCACAGACAGCUUUGGCCGGACAGCUUUGCAUCACGCAGGUCUGCAAUGUACUAGCUACUGUAUAAUACAAUUGAUUACAGCACUACAUGUGUAACACUGUAAACAACUCAACCAUUUUAUACCUUCCAUUUGUCUCACUAUUUAUGUCUGUCCAUCUUCCUGCAGCUGUGAGCGGCUGCUUGUCCUGCACUGAGACUCUGUGGGACUUCAAGGCCAGUCUGGAUGCCCAGGAUGGGGUAAGUGGCAUUGGCCUUAGACUGCCUCUGUACAGCAGCAGUCACCAAGCCAGGUCCUGGAGAGCUAAAGGGUGUGCAGGGUUUUGUUACAGACAAUUACUAAAACACAUGAUUCAAUCAACCAUGUUAAGUCAUUGUGGCCUCGUCUAUCUCAGGAUGGGGCGACACCCGCUGAUCCUAGGAGCCCAGAUGAGCAGAGUGGAGCUGUGUGCUUUCCUGUUGGACCGAGGAGCCAAUCCCAACAUACAGGACAGCCAGGGCAGGUACUUCAACAAGACACAACAAACAAUGCUUUGUAUUAGAUUGACUGUAGCUCAGUUUAUAGAGCAUGGCGCUUGCAAUGCCAGGGUUGUGGGUUCGUUUCCCACGGGGGGCCAGUAUGAAAAUGUAUGCACUCACUAACUGUAAGUCGCUCUGGAUAAGAGCGUCUGCUAAAUGACUCAAAUGUAAAUGUAAACUUAUGCAAAACAAACUGUGAACAUAAGACAAAGGUGAUGGCUGGCUAUGUAGUCACAUAGACCUGCAGUGUUUCAUAAGGGGCUAAGUGUAUGUUAUGUGUGCUGCUCUUAUGUUCUUGAUCUUAUGGUUUUUGUGUUGUAGGUCAGCCCUGAUGCUGGCCUGUGAGAGUGACAGUGCAGAGACUGUGGAGGCGUUGCUAAGGGGAGGGGCUAACCCACAUCUGGCCGACGCCCUCGGACACCACGCAGCCCACUACGGCGCAACCACCGGCAACCAGCACAUCGCACAGCUGCUGCAAAACGGAGCUCCAGGUAACCAACGGUAACCUUUGGUUGUCUCACCUGCCGACUGCAGCAGGAUUGAGCUUCAUUCCAUUUCAAAUAGGAUUUUUACAAUGGUUGAAUUGGAAUUUCCAUCCACCCCCUGAACUGAGUGAAUUGAAAUGGAAUCGACCCUGACAAUGCUCUGCAGCCCUACUCUGGGCUCUGGCACUGGCAGUCUGGUGCACAGAAUUAUAAUUGAUAGAAUAAACUAAUUCAAAUCAACAUUCCCUGCUGGGUGUAUGGAGGCCAUAUUUGGUGUACCGUUUCAAAUGUUUAUUUAAUUGGCAUGGUAACUGCCACAAAACGAUGUCUGCUAUUGGGUGUACUGUACCAAAAUCCAUGGUGCUUUAUCCUUUCUAUCAGUUGUAAUUCUAUGGUCUGGUUUAUGGCCUCAAUCUGGUCCCCCAGAAAAUUGCUGUAAUGUGAGGAAGUGGAAGAAGGGGACAGCUGGGGGUAAUUGUUACAGGCUGAAACAGAGAGGGAAGGCUUGCUGCACUUUUAUCUUUAAACAAAGGCUUGCUGAUUUACGAAAAACAGAUGUGUGCUUCGUUUGAAAUGGAGGUGAAUGAAGGAAGAGCAGGGCCUAAAAUGUCACUUGUGUAUCUGAUAUAUGAGGAGUCUUGGAGCUGACAGCUUACAGCUUACAGUAGGGCUGUUGUGUGGUGGGAUACUGUGUGAGACAGGAUAUUGGAGGAUUUUUUAUGAUGCUUUUUGGGGUAUGCUUUUGUGGGUAGUGGGUAUGCUUUUUUAGCUUUAACUGCAGUGUAAAUCAUUAUGUGUGUGUUUGUUUGUGUGUGUGUGUGUUGAAUCUCAAUGGACCAGAGGUUAAAAGGCCUUGCUGUUUGUCUCUCCCCAUGCAUACAUAGCCACUGAGGGCAAUUGCGAAGAGGUAACUUACCACUCAUCAUUUCGUUUUCAUUUUCAUUGACUACACAUUCAUGUGAAAACAUAGCCAGUAUUACUGAAUUGUACAUAACAGACUUUACGACAUAGGAACGAACACCAACUUCUUAUCACAUUUUCUAUCUACAACAACAACUUUUGAGCUGAAGUAACAUCUCACAAGGACAACACAAACAUCUCAUGACAAGACAUUUUAGGCUACAGUACUGCUUGGCUUUGUUUUUGACCUUGCUGCUUCUCUCCUCCUGCUUUCCCCCUUUCCCCCAUUCCCCUGUUCCCCUGUUCCUUCUGCUUGUCUGUGCCUCCAGAGACAGCCCCCUCCUCCCCCUCCCCUACCAGGGGGUACGACCCCCCGCAAGAGGAAAGCCCCCCCUCCACCGCGCUCCCCUCCCCAGGUACGACUGCAGCUCCAGAGAUGGAUGACAUAGUUGCUACUUUGACAUAUCAAAAUGCUUUUUGUAUGAUUCUUACUAAUGCUAAGCUGUGAUAAUCAUGCUCAUAAUAACUUUGAUAACCAUGUUCCAGGGCUCUCCGCCAUCUCCUGCCCCCCAGAGCCCUCCUCCCCCUGCCUCUCCUGAGACCCAGACCAAGAGACCCUCUCCACCUCCUCAGUCCCCAGAGACACAGCGCCCUGCUCAGGCUAACCUUGUGAGUUACGGCCCCUGCCACUGCAUACUGUAUGCAUAGCACCUAGGGUUGCAAAACUACUGGUAAUUUACCAAAGUUACCGAAAUGUUAGGCAAUUUUGGUAAUUAAUAGGUAAUCUAUGGCAAUCUAUGCUAACUAUGGUAAUUAAUACAUGAAUAACUUUUUUUUAAAAUGUUUUCAUAUAAAGUUUUCAUUUUUUAUACAUUUCUCCAUAAGUUUCUAGUAGAUGGUUCAAGAGUAAAUAGCCCAAUUAAUGAAAAGAUUAUCUAAUCAACAAAGGCAUUAUUUUCAAUUAACUCUGCAACUCUUCCAACUAUCCACUCACUAACUGUAAGUCGCUCUGGAUAAGAGCAUCUGCUAAAUGACAAAACAUUUAUUUACUUUUUUCACAACUGCCACCAGUUUGGCGCCAAAAUAUUUACAACAAAGACCUAUUGACAUAGCUAGUAAAAUAUAUAAAAGAGUGUAAAAAAUAUAAAGGAUAUUGCAUGCUGAAACCCUCAUAUUAAACAUCAAUGUUAUUCAAUAAGUUGAUGGGUUAUAUUUAGGAUAAUGUUUUACAGUUUUGUCAUUCAAUUUUAUAUUUCACAAGAGAUAAAGCCACAUAGAAGGCCAGACAUAAUUACAGACACCUGUGAUAAUCUAAAUUAACCAAAAAGGCCACUAGAUGUAAUGUGAUAAAUUACAUAAAAUCCUUGAAAGUUAGCAAAAUUCAGUUAGUUUACUGGUAAUUGUUACCACUAAUAUACCCUCCCUUUGCAACCCUAAUAGCACCUACACAUACAGGAGAUAAAAUAUGCUUAUACUUAUGGUAUGCAACCUUAACACAUCUCAAUUCAAAGUACUCAUCUUUAGAUAUCAAUUUUGAGGAUCAAUAUUUAUGACUGUAGCAGACAGUAACAGACAAUACAUAAUGAAUGACUAUCUACUGUAUUCAAUUUGAGACUGCUAAUGAGUAUGGUGCUGCUGUGCGACUGUGAUAUUACUGAUAUGUAUUGCCAUGUGUGUGUCUGUGAGACGGAGGAUGAGGAGGUGUUUGAGGAGAUCCGCAGGCUGCGUCUGGAAAGGGGACGUCUGCUCCAGAAGAUCAAAGGUCUGGAGCAGCAGCAGAACAGCGCCCACACUGCCCUGGAGGAGGUACUACAUGUAGGGUUAACUUCCCAGCCUGAGCUCAAGCUCAAACGCCUAGAAAACCUCUCAAAUAUCUGAAAAGAAAUCUGCUGUGAACUCACUCUCUCCCUGUGCUAGCUGACUCAGCUGAGAGAGCGUCUGCAGCAGGCAGAGGCAGAGCGGGACAGGCUGCAGACUGAGCUGGAGGAGCUGAAGGCAGGUCAGGGGAUCGGAGCCAGUGACUCAGAUGACGACAUGCUGGACUUCCCAGGUGUGUGUGGGGAGAGAGGGAAUACUGCUAGCAGUUUGUUAUAUUUGUUAAAUUGACCAAAUGUUGGAUAGAUGGACUAGGUUGUAGCAGCCUAAUGAGAGUCAUACCUAGAUGAUGAAUCAUCACUCAAAUUCUAGCUACUGACAUGGCAAUGGCUGAUGUUUUGUUCAUCAAAAUAUGACAUUGAUUUACCCCCGUCUAUCUUGAAGGUGCUGAGAAGCUGCUCUCCAGGAGGUCCAGAGAGUCUCCCUAUGCUCUGGACGAGGGGGAGGCAGACUCCCUCAACCCCACCUCUCCUGGUCCUGCAGACCCAGACACUGUGGCUGAGCUACGCAGACAGCUGGAGGAGCUGGCCUUACAGAAUCAGGAGCUGGUCCUCAAAGUGCAGGUAACAAACAUACACACACACCAAACACAAACACACACACACCAUAAGCUAAUGAAUUGAUAGAGAGGGAGUUAUAAAAAGGCCCUUCAGAGUCGAGAGCAGUACUGAUGAUGCUGCUGGUUCAAGGCUGGCUGAGCAGCGUCAGAUUGGACCAUUAGUCAUAACCACUUUAUAGGUCUAUGAUGCAGCAUCCAGCUAGAAAUAGAAUAAUAGCACCACAGAGAGGCACAGAGACUGGUUGCAGGCAUUCUUCACUAACUGGGUCAUGGUCUGUACAAAUAGACAGAAUUGGGACAAAGGGUUACAGCCAGGCUACCAUUGGAGGGUGUGUCUGAGGCUGUGUACUGCAUGAGGGCUAGUACAAAGGCUGGUAUAAAGUCUGAACCUGUCACCAAGGAGGAGUAGAGGAGUUCUGUGACUGGCGACUUGAGUUGAUAAAGUUUUGACAUAAAAAUAGGAUGCUUAACCUAUGAUAUACAUGUCACUGUGAUCUUGUGUGGUUUGCAGAUGCUGGAGAUGUUUGAGAAAGAUGACACUGACAUGCAGACAUCCGGCCCAGACUUUGUCCCCAUGGCUCUGUAUGACUCCCUGAGGAGGGAGUUUGAAGCUCUGCAGGAGCACUACUCCCAGGCCCAGGCUUCAGCUGAGGCCUCCAGCAUGAUGGGGGAACAGGGGUAAGGAUUAACACCACACCAUCUUACACCAGCCACCUUAUACUUUCUGGAUAAGAGCAUCUACUAAAUGACUCAAAUGUCACAUUUACACCACCCACUAGGGUUGAAGUUCCAUUUGUAGAGGUGCCCUGGGGUGCUGAGCACUAUCAUAAGGGCACCCCGGUAAGGACUACAGUAAUAAAUCAACAUGGACACCCCCAUAAGGGUUCAACAUAUUAACACUGGUCCAGCCCACUAUUUUUAGCAUCUUUAAGCCCACUAUUUAAGAGUCGGUGUGAAAUUUGAACCCUGCCAGCCACAGUAUUGUAAUUAGAAGAUUCUAGCUAACAUAAUAUGCCUCUACAACCAUAGUUAAACCUCUCACUUCACUUCACUUCACUUCUGAUGUUUGUUGUCUUUUCUGAAGGUGUGAGGAGGUGGAAGGGGGAGGAGAGGGGGAGUCAGGAGCAGAGGGGAAGGAGCAGACAGAGGAGAUGGAGGGGGAGAGCAGUAAGGAGCUGAGGGAGAGGCUGUGUGGUCUGGAGGAGCAGCUGGCCCACUCCCAGUCUGAACUGGAGGAGCUGAGAGAACAGGUGCACCUUGGGGUCUACUCCGUGGAACAGGCGGGGGGCGACGGGGGCACGGUGGGUGAGACGGAGGGGGCGAGCCAGGAGACGCAGCAGCUGAGAGAGAGAGAGAGACAGGGGGAGGGACAGAGUGAGGGUGAGGGCGAGAGCGCAGGGGACAAUGACACAGUCAAACAGCUGAGAAAUAAAGUUAAGGAACUACAGGCAGCCCUGGAAGAGAAAGGAACAGAAAAAGAGGGCAUAAAGGAGGACGGAGGAGGGGAGAGUGAGACAGUGAGGAGCCUCAGGGAGAGGGUGAGCGAGCUUGAAGCCGCCCUGGCGGAGAGCAAGGAGUCAGAGAGAGCAGGUGGAAGGAGAGAGGGAGUGGUAAAGCCAGAAGGGGAGGUGGUGCGGAGGCUGCAGGGGCGUGUUGGUGAGCUGGAGGGGGAGCUGAGGCAGUGUGUGCCCCGUACGGAGCUGGAUGAGGUGCAGGUGACCCUGGGUCUGCAGUGUGAGCAGCUGGCCAGGGAGAGAGCUGAGGCCAGCCUGAGACUGAACGAGGCCUUACUGGAGCUGGAGAGACUACGGCCCCCCAGCCCCACACACCACCAGGGAGACGAGGAGGAGGAAGAGGAGGAGGAAGAGAGGUCAGAGGGGUCAGAGCCCUCCAUCACAUCAGGUGGGUGUUUCCCUGGUGUCUACCUGGUGUCUUGUUACUGUUAUACUCCGGUGUUAUAAUGUUCUCUGUACCUUAUCUAUCAUCUUAUUUCACUGUAGUCAAUCACAGUGCUAAGCUUUAAAUAACAUGUUUAUAACAAUUCAUUUGCUGUCAUGUAAUGACUUUCAUGUCUCUCUGAGUUUGUGGCGACAGUUCUGUCCAAUCAGAGCACUCUCUAAGUCUGUGAUAUUUAUUCUCUCCAAUUAGAGCGCUCCCUGAGACGGGUGAGAGAGGAACUGGAGGUGGCUAGGCAGGAAGCAGCUCAGGCUCUGGACUGUUUGUGUGCGGAACGCGAGGGCCGGGCUCAGGACACCCUAAACAUGAGAGACGCAGUAUCCCUGUCCCAACACACAGAGGCGCUAUCAGCCCUGUCGGAGCAGCUGGCCCAGACAGCCCAGGAGCUGCAGGCAGAAAGGGCCCUGCGAUGCCAUGCCCAGACUGAGACGGCUAGGCUAGAGGCCCGGCUACAGGCCACACAACAGGAGCUUAUACCCAGAGAGGAGCACAACAAAGUUAAGGUUAGCUUGAAGAGAGAUGCAUGCAAACGACGAGGGAGUUAUCCUCGGAUCAUAUAUAUUGAGGUCCUAAGUAAAUGGAUAUUAGGCUAUCGUAAAUACAACAUAUGUUUUAGCACAAAUAACUAACCGCCAGAAUCAUGUAGGACCCACACUUGGCAACGUACGGCCCACUUCUGUCAAUCACAUACAGUCGCCAGUCCCUCCAGGAUUCCGCGAUUCUGCAAAUCGCAAUUUAUUUUUGCAAAAUCACCAAUCCCUGCAUAUUAUUAUAUUUGACCAAUCACCGUACUAUAUCCGCAUAAAACAGUAAAUCAUUGCAAUUUUAUCGCAAAAAAACGGAUACAUCACCGUAGUACAAAAAAAGGGCUCGCAAUUUCAACCAAUCACUGCACAUUUACUGCAUAAUAUGGUUCAAUCAAGCUACAUGUCAACAAACUUUUUCCCUCGUCAGCGCAUUUUCGUGACAAAUUGAACAAAAUCAUUGCAUAUUGCCAUGCAAAAUGUCAGAAUUACCCCAGCAAAAUCAAGCAUUUUUGCCAGCAAAUAUCACAAAAAAUCCCGCCGAAGUCCUGGAGGGACUGAGUAGCCUACAUUACAGUAGAAGAUGGAGCAAGAUGGAUUUUGGCCGACAUUCUGCAAAUUUUCUCAUCUAUGAAACAUUUGAUCUCCAUACAGUUUUCUGUUUCCAAAACUAGAAUCUGAAAAAAACAGAGUGGACUGCGUUGUGUGGACUUUACCCUUUGCCAAAGUUUUAAAAAAUUGAGUUGUUUAGGAGUGCAAGGGCAAAUUGAGUUAUUGCACACACGCACACUUCAUAGAGUAGGCGUUCCCUAAUGGAAAUAUGCAAAAACAUUAUAGAACGCACCAAUAGGAUCUCACUAGCUCGUGCUUGGCUCGGCCCACCUCCUUGUUUGUUCUGCCCACUAGGAUUAAUUUGCUCCCAUUGAAAAUGAUAGGCUCUGUUCUAUCUUAGGUUAGUUAUAAAAAUCUUUGACAGUGCUAUGAAAGUAGUACUUCCUGACUUCAUGCUGUCUACUGUUCCUGUUGUAUCAGACGGAGCUGCAGCGCGCUCUGCAGGCCAGUGAGAGCAGUGCGGCGGAGGCCAAGGAUGCUCUGAGUGUGAAGGAGACAGAGCUGAGAGAUCUGAGGUCCCAAAAGGCUGUGGAACAGGGCCUGGUGUCCAAGGAGGACCACGAGUCCCAGCGCCUCUCACUGCAGGCCGAUAUCAACACACUCACCGCCCGAUUCAACGACCUCACACGCAAACACGAGAAGACCUGCACCGAGGUGUGUGUGUGUGAUGUUUUUGUUCUUGUUUACCAAAAUAGUGAUAAUUUGAAGAAAGUUAGAGACUGAAACGUUAACUCAAGAGUUAACUACAAACCACAUGCUACAGACUACAGGUUGGACUGUUGCCACAAUAGCGGACGAACUGAUGUGCACCAGGGCUUCCUUUCUCCUUUUGCAUUAUUUAUGUGUGUGUUCUAUAUCUCCCUGCAGCCUUUGUUUUCAUGGCCAUGGACGUGCUGUCUCUCUCCCUUUUCCCUUACGUCAUCUAUCUAUCCCCCAUCCCUUUCAAGGGGCGCCGUACUACUAUGGCUCACCCUGUAAAACAACACAUUUCACUGCAUCUAUCCGGUGUGUGACAAUAAAACAUCUUUCUUUCUCCCGGUCUCCCUCCCAACAGGUGUUCCAGGUGCAGCGCGAGGCUCUGUUUAAUAAGAGUGAACGUCAGGUGGCCGAGGCUCAGCUGGCCACAGCGCAGCAGCAACUGGCUGACCUGCAGGCCCAGUCCAGCCACGUCCAGGAGCUCCACAAAGACAUCCAGGACUCCCAGGGCCUGGUCAAGGAGAAGGACCGCAAGGUGAGACAGGGACACAGAUGGUAGAAGUUAAAUUGAGCUACCCUAUACUUUAUUUCGAAAUCGACCUGGCUACCCAUCCACAUCGCUCUGGCCAAGCGCCACGCCCACUAAUGUUUCUUCUCCAUGAUGAGUCUGGCUUUGAUCUCCUCCCUGACAACUUCUAGAAUGCGAACACAUUCAAACCGUUUUGAUUGGUCAAAGAAACCGAUGGGUUGGGCCAGAGCCUGAACACACGAGGGUAAAGCGGCGUUUCGGAAAUAGUCAUUGGCUUUGAUACUCUGAUUGGUUAGAGACGAUUUGUUUCAUACAACGCCCCUCACUUUAACAUCAGCAGAAACGACUUUUACGACGGCGGUCUCAGACUGAAUGUAAGUAGCGAUAGAUAAAUAGAGCAGUGGAAUUAAAUUCAGUAUAAGUCAUCAGGCAACCUACCCCUUGCCCUCUGGCAAGCUGGGUGGAAUUUGUGACAUGUUACUAUCCACUCCAUUUAGAUCUACACAUAGUGCUGAAGGGUGAGGGCAUGAGUGUGAUUUGGAACUGAGAAAAAGACAAUGGGAAAUGAAGGGAUCUGUGAUCUCCCUCCCUCUCUUGUUGUGUGUAGAUAAUGGAGCUGUCUAAGGAGGUGUUCCGUCUGAAGGAGGCUCUGGGUGCUCUGAGUCCUCCUCUGGGACUCUCCUCCUCCCACUACUCCUCUCACUCCCACUCUGAGAGAGUCCCCCCUGUGAACCCUGGCCAGCAGGUGGCGCUGCAGAACAGAGUGGCUGUACUCUCCAAGGAGCUCCAGGUGAGGGCAUCACUGAGCCAAAACAAAUACCAAAUACCUACGUUCAUGGUUAAAAGAAUGCUGGAGUAUACUGUCUGUACUGUAUAUCUUAUUACAGGAUUGGGAACGAAAGCACAGACAAGUCGUAGCUGUAUACCGAUCCCAUCUACUGGCUGCUGUACAGGUAAGUCCAACUCUAUGCACCUUUGUAGAAGUAUCGGGUCAGUGCAAUAUGAAGUGUUGUUGUGUAGCUAAGGGGAUGUGAAUGAGACUUGUUGAAUCUUCCUCAGGGCCGGAUGGAUGAGGAGGUACAAGAUCUGUUACUGCAGAUCCUGAGGAUGUCACACAAGGACCAGGGUUACUGACCCCCCCCAGGCAGUGUACUCCCUGUGCAAUGGAAGACACAAUGGGCUAUGGGACCCAUCACUGUACUAUACCAUCUACUAACUACAGUAUAUGUACACACUUACUGAAAGCAACUGGUCUGUUCUGCAUACAGUACAGUACGUGUAGCCUUGGAAAUACAUUAAGGCUAGCCCAUUCAUGACUAGUAUUGAACUGGAUAUACAUGGACAGGUAUGGUUUUCUGGUAUCAGAAAGAUAAAUGUCUGUAU